ACCGUAGUCACAUCAAUAGUGGUAAUGCUGGUAGUUUUAGAAUCCAAGAACAAUUAUGGUAUAUGGGGAAGCCUACGCCUGUCCUUGCAUAAGGUCUCAUCCACUUGAUCCAUAUUUCGUGGCCCAAUCUCAUGGAAAUUACAUUGCAAUUUUCUCUUCAAACCCCCCUUUCAAGCUAGACAAGUAUAAAAGGUAUGAAAGCCAUGGAGUCUCUGGAUUUCCCAUUAAGUGCAAUUUCAGCUUAGAUGGGGAAAAGCUUGUCUCCGGCUCCUCAGAAGGUUCUAUAUACUUCUACAACUCUAUAUCAACAGAGCUUGUCCAAAAAAUCAAGGCAUACGAGCAGGCCUGCAUAGAUGUUGUUUUCCACCCCACUGUGCCUAAUGUAUUGGCUUCAUGCAGUUGGAGUGGAGAUGUGUCAGUGUUUGGUUAAGAAGCUUAUUUAUACACCUAUAAUCCAAGACAAAACAGAAUUUGGGUCGGAAAAAAAAAAAAAAAAAAAAAAAGGACAAAACGAUAGCUCAUUUUGGUUAUCCUUUUCUGGUUUCUUUCUUAUCAUGUUUGGUGAGUUGAUAACUUUUUGUUCUUGGAAUCUUUGUACAGUAUAUAUGUUUCUGGAUGUUGAGAGGGUGUAGAUUUUGUUUUUAUUGUUUCUACUAAAUUAAAGACACAUUA